AUGCCCACUGCACGGGGCCAAAUCGCCGCUCGUGUUUUUAAUGUCCCUUCCUCAUCCUCCAUCCCGUCUCCUUUGCUCCCUCAGAUGCCAGGCAUGAGAGUCUCCGGGAAACCCCAACUCGUUCAGCUGGAGUGCAAAGUCCUCGUGUUCGCUGUGAUCGUCGCCUUCGCCUCUGCUCGGUCUUUCCAUCUUCAAGAUGUGCCGCGCCAGAGGGGAGAGGCGGCCCCGGCCGAGAGCGGGGGGCCGUCGCUGGAUCCGCGGGUGAAGAAGCCCUUCUGCAACGGGUUCGCCGGGUGCGGGGGCAUGGGGAAGAAGAGGAGCGGGGGCAGGGUGGAGGGGGGGGAGGAGGGGGAGGAGCGCGCCGCCGGGAACCGGGUCGCCAACUGCGGGUCGGAGAACCUCGUCACGGAGGAGGACUUCAAGAAGUACUUCCAGCAGAUGCUGGUGGAGGCGAGGAUGUGGGAGAGGAUGCAGGAGAAGAUGAAGAACGGGGCGUUCAACUUCGAUGACGUUCCUCAUCUCGGCUACAACUUGGAGAGGAAGAAGAGGAGCAAUGCGAGUGGACAGGUGAGUUUUGCGCCUUGA